CAGACCUGUCUGUGGCGCCUUGUCAACAGCAGCUGCGUCUAAUAUAAACAGUAUAGAGUCACACUCCGUUUUCCGUUUUUGAGGAAUGGAAAACAAGAAAUUUAAAAUAAAUCUUGACGAUUCUGCUUUCAGCAGGGAAAGAAGUCCGGUGGCAUCUCUUUUCAAGCCCUCGUCAAAAGGAGGCCAUGGAGAGACGUCGUCCACCCACAGUGCCCCCCAAGCUGCUGGCCAGCCAUUAUCCUAUGCAGAGUUUAUUGUCCACAGCAAAAGCAGAGAAGCUGCCAAAGGACCAAACACACAAGAUGCGCCCCGAGAUGCAGGGAAGAAAGUGGAUAUGCCUCCCAAAUGUGAAUCGUUUACAAAAUCUUCCACAGACUUUGGACAACCUCAGACCAGAACAAGUGAGCAUGAGGGUCCGGGACCCAGUAAAGUGGAAACCACUGCAGUUUCAAAGAUGCAGAAGGAGGUUCUGGAAGAAGGAGAGAAGAAAAAGGAGGAAGGUCAAGGCCCUGAGGAACUCCGUGUUACCCCACAUCUGUUAGGGUCAGGGAACAGCAUAAUUGUCAGCCCUAGACAGAGAGGAAACCCGAUCCUGAAGUUUGUCAGGAGUGUUCCAUGGGAAUUUGGAGAAGUGGUGCCUGACUAUGUCUUGGGUCGAACAACAUGUGCUCUCUUUCUCAGUUUGCGGUACCAUAACCUGAAUCCAAACUACAUCCAUGAGCGGCUGAAGCAGUUGGGGCAAUCUUUCACACUCCGAGUGUUGCUUGUGCAGGUUGAUGUGAAAGACCCUCAUCAUGCGCUGAAGGAACUGGCCCGAAUCUGCAUCAUGGCUGACUGCACGCUCAUGUUGGCCUGGAGCCCCGAAGAAGCUGGUCGUUACUUGGAGACAUACAAAUCUUAUGAGAAGAAGCCUGCAGAUCUACUUCAAGAGCAAGUAGAGAAGGAUUACCUCUCUAAGGUUACUGAUUGUCUAACCACAGUGAAGUCCAUCAACAAGACUGAUUCCAUCACGCUGCUCUCCACAUUCUCUUCUUUGGAGGGCAUCAUUAAUGCAUCAAAGGAAGAGCUACUGCUGUGUCCUGGACUCGGCCCUCAAAAGGCAAGAAGGCUGCAUGAUGUUCUUCACCAGCCCUUUCUGAAGUCCAAAAAGAAAGAAAGCUGAGGAGACGUGGACUCCUUUCAGAUGAGCAAGUUCAAACACAGAAUCUCUUACAACGCACAUUAGGACUUCACUAGGUCCAGGCUUGGAGCUCUAGAUUGUUUAGAGAUAACAGUGCCUCUCUAAUAGCCAGCUGGAGGAAGCUCUGUGGUUGGGUAUUUUGUCUUUAAAGGAUUGAAUCAGAGGAGCUGAAGUGCAUUUAUCUCAAAGUGGCUAGAUUUAAAUCCCAAUUAUGGCCCUGAAUAAUGUUUUUUUUGUGUGUGUGUCUAUUAUUUCUUUGUUACAAUAAAGUAGUAUUUUUUUAA